AGAGAGAGAGAUUGAAACUUGAAUUUGAGGAGUAUGAGUGAGAGAAUGAGGAUGGAGGAAGAGGAAGAUGAAGUGGUGUCGUGCUCUUCUGAUCCCGGUGACGAUGAUAUUGAAAAAUCUUUUGAUUCCGGGGACAGUGACUAUGAUAUUGAACAAUCUUCCUCUCCGCUGGACGAAGAACGCAAAUCGCAGAAUGUGGAAGCUCUCCUGAGGGGGAACCUGAUCGUGAAGAGACAAUCGUUGCUACCGCGAGUUCUAUCAGUUUCAGGAGCGGCUGUUUGUAGAAAACCCUUUAAGCCUCCAUGCUAUAAAUCUAAUGGUUACAAUCAAGACCUUACUCGUAGGCUUUCCGCUCGCAAAAGGUUUGUCCCGUGGGGCUCUACUACACCUACACCAGUGGUUGUGGCUGAGUUGAACUUGAAUGUGCCGCCAAUAACUAUAAGCCAUGUUGAUGUUGCUGAGGAGGAGAAACCAUCUUUGCCCCCUGGGGUUGAUCCUCUAGUAUUGUGGCACCCUGAGGAUGAGGCUUCUAGUUUGACAACGAUAACAGUUGACCCUUUGCUUGUUCGUUUCCUUCGUCCACAUCAGAGAGAAGGGGUUCAGUUUAUGUUUGAUUGUGUCUCAGGGCUAUGUAGUACACCAAAUAUACAUGGAUGCAUUUUGGCAGAUGAUAUGGGUUUGGGGAAGACAUUGCAGUCGAUCGCAUUACUAUAUACUCUUAUUUUUCAAGGGUUUGAUGGGAAGCCAAUGGUUAGGAAGGCCAUCAUUGUGACUCCGACCAGCCUUGUCAGCAAUUGGGAAGCUGAAAUCCACAAGUGGGUUGGAGAAAGAGUUCAUCUUGUUGCUCUAUGUGAAAGCACAAGAGAAGAUGUUGUCUCUGCGAUUGAGAAUUUUACAAGUCCCCACAGCACUUUACAGGUGCUCAUUGUUUCAUAUGAGACAUUCCGAAUGCAUUCAUCAAAGUUUAGCUCUAGUGACUCGUGUGACCUUCUCAUAUGUGAUGAGGCUCACAGACUGAAAAAUGACCAGACAAUAACAAACAAGGCAUUGGCUGCUCUUCCAUGCAAACGUAGAAUUUUGUUGUCAGGAACUCCUUUGCAAAAUGACUUAGAAGAAUUCUUCGCAAUGGUUAACUUUACUAAUCCUGGAAUAUUGGGUGAUAUUGCACAUUUUCGACGUUACUAUGAGGCACCGAUUAUUUGUGGAAGAGAACCUGCUGCCACAGCAGAAGAGAAGAAGCUUGGUGCUGAACGCACUGCAGAAUUAAGUGCCCAAGUUAAUCGGUUCAUAUUAAGAAGGACUAAUGCAUUAUUAUCGAAUCACUUGCCACCAAAGAUAGUUGAAGUUGUUUGCUGCAAGUUGACUCCACUACAGUCUGACCUCUAUAAACAUUUUAUACAAUCCAAAAAUGUUAAACAGGCAUUUACUGCAGAACUGAAGCAAUCAAAGAUUUUGGCCCAUAUAUCAGCUCUCAAAAAGUUGUGCAAUCAUCCGAAGCUCAUCUAUGAUAACAUUCGAAGUGGGAGUCCAGGAACUUCAGGUUUUGAGGACUGCAUUCGAUUCUUCCCUCCGGAAAUGUUAUCUGGAAGGUCUGGCUCAUGGACAGGAGGGCAUGGAGCGUGGGUUGAGCUGUCCGGGAAAAUGCAUGUCUUAGCAAGAUUACUUGCUCAAUUGCGUCAGAGAACAAAUGAUCGUAUUGUCCUUGUCUCAAAUUAUACUCAGACUCUUGAUCUUUUUUCUCAAUUGUGUCGGGAACGAAGGUAUCCUCACUUGAGACUUGAUGGAACUACAUCAAUCAGUAAAAGGCAGAAGUUGGUCAACUGUUUUAAUGACCUAUCUAAGGAUGAAUUUGUUUUUUUAUUAAGCAGCAAGGCUGGUGGUUGUGGACUCAAUUUGAUUGGUGGAAAUCGACUUGUCUUGUUUGAUCCUGACUGGAAUCCAGCAAAUGAUAAACAAGCUGCAGCAAGAGUUUGGAGGGAUGGACAGAAGAAAAGAGUUUACAUUUACAGAUUUUUGAGUGCCGGAACAAUAGAAGAAAAGGUCUACCAGCGUCAGAUGUCAAAAGAAGGGCUGCAAAAGGUCAUUCAGCAGGAGCAAACCGAUAGCCUUGUGGCACAGGGUAACUUUCUUUCGACAGAGGAUCUCCGCAAUUUGUUCACUUUUAAUGAGAAUGUCAAGUCAGAGAUUCAUGAAAAGAUGCAAUGUGCUCGGUGUCAAACAUAUGAUGGACCUCAAAGCACUGACGAGAAAUAUGUAGCCCAAUCAACAAAAAUUUACAGUGAAUCUGAUGAGGAAACCUCUGAUAUAGGUGGAUUUGCAGAAAUUGCAGGUUGCUUAGAGAAUUUAAAAACAUCAGAAAAGCAGGUAGGGACCCCAUUGGAAGAAGAUUUAGGUAGUUGGGGCCAUCAUUUUUUCCCAACUUCCGUACCUGAUGCUAUCCUUCGGGCUUCAGCCGGUGACGAGGUGACCUUUGUCUUCACAAACCAAGUUAACGGAAAGCUGGUACCGAUUGAUUCCGUCAUCAGUCCAAAGCUACAGCAAAAGGAACCAAAUAAUGAAUUACUCAAGUCAGGGCAGAACAUCAAACAAAAAUCUGCUCCUUUUUCUUUACAUAAUAAACUACCCCUGCGAUCUGCAAAUGCUUCUGGUGUUACUAGUGCGUUAUCUUCCUCUCCCAAUGCUUGGACGAAGGAAGCACUAAAUUCUGUCAGAAUUAUAAAAAAUAACUCAAUGAAUGUAGCAUUUGAGACCGACUAUUCUCUUGUAAAUAAAUUAUUACCACAGAAAAGAUCAUGUCCUGCUAAUAUCAAUGACGAUGAUUGAGUACUACAUAUGUUGUCA